AUGUCUCUCCACCGCAUGGGUCUUGAAAACGACGCGUUUUCAGAAGCUAAGAGAAGAACCUGGUGGAUGACGUAUUUCUGUGCUCAUAUUUGCUCAGUGGUUCGACAAAGUGCCUGUUUAAACGUGGAUGAUGACAGCCAAUUCACAACUCCGUACCCACGGUUAGAAUCUGAUCCAGAGGCAUGGUUGAUUUUCCUCGAAGCCCUGCGAAUCGGCGUCGCAAGUGUCAAGUUCACUUCCAGCUAUAGUGAACAUCUACAUUCGCAUGCAGAUAUGUCCAGUAUUUUCGAGCAGAUGAAAAUACUCGAUAAGUGGGUAGUUCAGGUCUCCGCACGGGCAGAAAACUAUGUUCCUGUCUCAAGUUCAAUGGAACUUGAACCUGCCUACGAGUCUACGACGGCAGAAGUAAUGCGACGACUUGCGCGGAUCAGAUUAUCCAGCACAAGAAUUCGUCUUCAUCGAUUGCAAGCCUUCUCGGACACUCCACUCUUCAGCGAGAAUCAUUGCGAUCUCACGACCCCGAAUACUCUCAAUGCUUCUGCCAGUACUGCCAGCGAUACGGGAGCAAGUAUGGCCGCUUAUUCCAUGCUCCAGUCGCCUCCUUUCACAUACGAUCAGUCGACCGAAAUUUGCGUAGCAUCUGCUCUAACAAUUGCAAGGCAGUUACAAAGAUUGCCUAUUCCCAGAAUAUCUGGUGGAGUGAUCAGCCCUCGAGCGAUGCCGACUUGUACAUGUUGCGCAAUGCAAGCCAGUUACGUCUUGCUAAUGCAAUUCUAUAAAGUUCAUGCCACACCCCAUGCCCCACGAAUAUCAGCAGGCGACUUGUCCGUGGAUACAGAGCGCCUCAUUGACGAGCUCCGGCAUGGGUUGGAGGAUAUCAUCGCGACAAUGAACAAUUUUGCCACUUCUUUUGAAGCUAUUGCCGGAAUGCGAGACGAGAUUGAGAUUGCUUUUCACAUUGCUUUUCCGUAUAUGGCAACAGUCCCAAAGUAA